GAUAGUCAUAAAGAUAGUCCCACCUCCGUUGUUGAAAUCGUUCAUGGGAAGUAGAGCGUGGAUGUCUUGAAAGUGGACUGAACUGCCUGUCAAUGAACUAAACAAAAGCAGGUGCAAGACCGGGGCAGAAUCUAACCAACAUGGCUUGCAAGCUGCUAAUAAUCGACACAGACUGUGGCAUAGAUGAUGCUCUGGCUAUCAUAGUUGCUCUCGCAGCUCCCGGUGUGAAGGUGUUGGGCAUCACCUGCUGCUUUGGGAACACUGAUGUGGAUAAUGUAUGUCAGAAUGUGAUGCGAGUACUGACAGUCUGUCAACAAACCCAGAUUCCAGUCUUCAAAGGGUCUGCUGGUCCUCUAGUUGGACCUGUGACACCGUUUAAAGAUCACUUUGGCACGGAUGGACUUGGAGAUGUUCUGCAGAACUCUGAGAUUUGGAAGAGGCAGAUACAGAAAGAGCAUGCCGUUCAUGCCAUGAUACGACUGGUGAAUGAAAACCAGGGAGAGGUAUCUCUCAUUGCUCUUGGUCCACUCACUAACUUGGCUUUGGCUGUUAGUUUAGACCCCACCCUCCCUCAGAAACUCAAAGAUCUGUAUAUUAUGGGUGGCAAUAUGGAAGGGAAGGGAAACCUGACACCAACUGCAGAGUUUAAUUUUAGUAUGGACGCUGAAUCAGCUUACAUAGUUUUGGAAGAAUAUACCUGCCCAACACACAUCGCAACCUGGGAGUUCACUUGCAGAAACAAACUGUCUUGGGAGUGUUUUGAUGAGCUGGUCAAUCAGGAUACAUCAGCUGCUCGAUUCAUGAAGAAGAUAACCUCCAAGUGCUGGGCCUACUCAAGAGAUUUCACCAUCAAAAACAGAAAAGAUGUGCUCUUUGGGCAAGGGUUUGUACCCUACGAUGCCUUUGCUGUGGCAGCUUGUGUGGACAGCAGCGUGAUUACAGAGAGUUUACAGUGUGCCGUACGUGUGGAGGUACAAGGUGUAUUGGGACGAGGCAUGAUGGUUGUGGACCCAACCAACACACUGGAAAAAGGCCAUCUUGCAUUUGUGAUGAGGACAUGUGACCUUAAAAAGUUCAGCUUGAUGCUCAAAGCUUCUUUGCAAUUAGCAUAGAAAUAAGCUUCAUUUCAAUGCAUUUGUACUACUGUACAUGAUUUCAAUUUUAAAAUGUAGAAUCUUUUGAACUUUUAAUGCUAGUGUUCCUGUUCACCCAAAAAAAUCUGUUCUGUCAUCAUUCACUCACCCUCACAUCAUUCCAAACCCAUAUAAGACUUACUUUUUAAAACAUAAAUGAUGUUUAAUUAAAUGAUAAAAUGUUACUAUGGAUUAUGUUUUUAUGAACUUUUUGAGACAUCAAAUUUUUGGUUGUAUGGACUUUCAAUGGAGGGACAGAAAUCUCUCAGGUUUCAUUAAAACAUCUUAAUUUAUGUUUAGAAGAUGAAAGAUUGCCUGGGUUUGAAAUGAUGGCAAUUACUUUCCCUUUAAGUAAAUUCCAACUUGGGUAGAAAUAAAACGAGAAAUCAAUA